CUCACUCAGGAAAUAUUCACCGAGUCUAGGCAAGCGUUCCAGUGUGCGAUGGAGUAAUAUGCGCGUGAUGACAACGUCGUAAUUUAUCUCGUCAAAUCCGGAGAUCGAGCGAGGUGGAUGUCAAGAUGAUGACGGGACUUUUACUCUGGGCGCGAAAAGCUGAAAAAUCUUUCCCAUUAAAGAGAAAGACAGAGAGAAAGGAACGGGAACGGUGAAGCAAGGCGAGCUGGUGAUCGCGUAGUGGGACCAACAAAGUUACUUGGAUCGACAACAGAUACUUUUCUCGCCAGUAAACAUCAAGACACCAUGACGAUACGAUCACUCGCACCGUUCCCGUUGAUGCGACGACGACCGUCGACCAUCAGUCUAAUUAUCGCGUUUUUCCUCAUCGUAGCGGCACAAAUAUGUAGCGGAGUGUAUUACGGAAAACUAAUCGGUAAGCUGUCUGAACUUCAUCAUGGUGUGAGCGGCGAGGUUUAUGCGGUUGAUGCAAGAACACUAUUCAUCAAGGACUUCACAUACGAUGGCGAAGGUCCAGCCGCCUUUUUUUAUGCUGGGAAUAGUAAGAGUCCAGGUAGCAAUGGCUUCCGAAUGCGCGACGAACGUGGAACUACAAAUGUCCUUAAACGGUACCGCAAGAAGGACAUCACACUGACCUUACCGGAUGGCAAGACCUUGAACAAUAUCAAGUGGUUCUCGGUUUGGUGCGACGAAUUCUCGGUGAAUUUUGGUGAUGUCAAAAUAUCGAGAGGCUUUGAUUAUCCGAAACCACAGAAAUUAAAAUCAUUGAGCGGUAUACACGGCGUCAGUUCCGAACCGGUCGUCAUUGUAGAUGCUCAGACUCUGCUAAUACCCAGCUUUAGUUAUGAUGGAGAAGCACCUGAUGCCAAGUUUUGGGUAGGUAUUGGUUUGACACCGUCACCGCAAGGUAUCCGAAUACCCGACGAAAACGGAAAAGAGCAGCCGUUGCGUCGUUACGAUCGUAAGACGAUCGUUCUGACAUUACCAGGUGAUCUGACCGUUCAUCAGUUCGGUCAUUUUGGAGUAUGGUGCGAAGCAUUCGCCGUUGACUUUGGUCACGUGCAAAUUCCACAAGGUCUAAACAUACCGCCAUCCUUGAAAAUGCUAGGAGUUUCGCCACAGUCAAAACUUAACUGUGAAGUUCUUGACGACAGUUUAGCUUUUGAAGUGAGAUGGGCCGUAGCCGGGGACAGUAUAGUUGUCCAGCUUGUUGCAAAAUUAGAUGCUGGAGAAUACAUGGCCUUUGGAUUAUCCGCGGAUACAGAGAAAAGCGUGAUGAUUGGUGGUGACGUCGCCGUAGCAUGGGUCGACAAGCAGACUUUGCAAGGAUAUGCCGUCGAUUACUUCCUAGACGCGAAAUCUCAGUGCUCGGGACGCCGAGGCAGUUGUCCGGAUAAGCGUAUACUGGAGAACACAGACUCAGUGCGAUUAUUGAAUGCGGCAAUGGUGAAUGGCUACAGCAUCGUUACAUAUCAAAGACCGUUGAGGGCCAGUGACGAAUUGGACCAUCCGACAUUGAUAAAUAAGUCGCAGGCCAUAAUCUGGGCCAUCGGGCCACUGAACGAGCGACAGGAAGUCAGUUUUCAUAGUCGCUAUCUGAAGACCGAUCGGUUUAUUGAGUUCGGCAGACCGCCCGCGUGGAACUGUCCUAUGCCUGACCAAGAACAAACCUCGGCUUACGGUGAAACAGGAAGCAAUACUCAAGUUGUUGAAAUUGUCAGUACGAGAAGACCGCCACGUUUACCAGCGACUCCGGCACCAGCAUCCACGAAAGACGCUUGGGAGAUACCGCCCAUUCAAUGCAACGAACCGGAUGAUGGUGUCUUUUAUGCGCAGAUGGGGCCCACCGGAGGGAAACACGGCUAUCCAGCCAUUACCGGUCACGUCGGUUGGGGAAUCUCUUGGUAUAUCAAUGGAUUGUUGAUACCCGUGAUUAAUGUAGUUCGGGGCAGGAGAUAUACUUUCGUCGUGGAAGGUGGUUCAGAUUUGGAUAUACCGGCGCGUUAUCAUCCGUUCUACAUCACGGAUGACCCAAUAGGCGGUUACCAGCACAAAACGGCCGAGGAGAAAGCGAAAGUAAAAAUAUUUGCCGGUAUACUCCGACAACGUGGCAAGAUUAUUCCCACCGGCACAGGUCGUCUCUGCAAUUGGGUUCCGGAUCAGAAUCAACCGCCCGCGGAUGACUUUGCAUCUUUCGGAGCUUAUCAGCGCACUCUGACCCUUGAAUGUGACCACGGUGAACCGGGUUUUGUGGAAUGGACACCUGACGAAAAUACACCCAACACGGUGUAUUAUCAGUGUUUCACGCAUCGUUAUUUAGGCUGGAAGAUUAAUGUUCUUGAUAGUUGCGACCUUAAUAACGAGCCAUCGUCGGCGGCUAGUGAGAAGCAUGAGGUGUACAUGGAGCCGGCCAAAGGUCGUCAGAAUCAGCUGGCGGAUCAGGAUCUAGAAUAUAGCGCUAGCAUAGCCGUAGCAAGCAAGGUAAUGCCACCAGAGGAAUUUCUUCAUCAACAGCAUGUUCAUCAUCCUCAUCGCGAAUACCAUCGCGGUUACCAUUAUCCCCAUCAUACGAUGACUAACAGCAAGUUAAAUGCCUCACAUCACUACUCGCAGCUACUAACGAACGCCAAUAACAAUUAUGAUCGCUUGCAAUCAUCAUCAUCAUCGUCUGAGAAUUCGUACGAGGCACGUCUGAAGGACAUGUAUCGUGUUGAUGAGGAAGCUUUGCAGCAGCAGCAACGGCAGGUCACGACCACUCACGAACAGCCUCCGUCCCUUCGUGUCGGUCAUCUCACGGAACUUGGACGGGAACAAAUUCAGCAGCAGACAGCCACUAAUCAGCAAUUGUCUAACCUCGUUGCAGAUCACCAACGAUCAACUUCAUUGAAUCAUGGGACAAAGUUGUCUUACGUAGGGAUGGCCAGCGGUAACCACGGCCAGCUACCAAACUCCCAAGAACCGCAUUUUUACACGACCAAUUACCAUCACGUUCGCCAUCAGCUUUCUCCUCCUCGUUAUCAUCAUCAACAUGAACCUCCAAGAGCCCAAUUGAUGAUCAUACGUCGACCGGUGACAUUAACGCGCCGUCCGAUGUUGCAGACUUUACAAGCCGCUAAUAUGAUAACUUCGACAAACGCGCUAUCAUUGCCAUUUCCGUUGCCAUUUUCAUUGCCAUCAUCGUUAUCUUUGCCGUCGCCACCACGAUCAAUUUUCAUUGAGCGCAAAAAGUCCGUUUAUCGACCGCCCGCAGUGACAACAACGAUGGCAACGACGCUAAAAACGAUGAUCGAAGCGGCUAAUCCGUCGCUUGAGAAAUCUGCGGCAAAAAUUGACACGAAGCAACAACUCGCGAAACUGGAGGCAAAAAUAGGCUCGGAGAUCACUGCGGAAAUUUCCGACAAUCUCAUGGAUCCUUCCUCGUGGACACUUCUGAAACCAGCGCGCAACACUGGCUUUGAUCCUGACUCCAUCGUCAUCGAAGGCGGUUUCAAACCAAUUAUUAGAAACAUUGUAGACAACACUCCCGAUGUCGCGCAGAAGAGGGCGGAUUCGUGGCGCGAGGACGACAAAAAAGUGCAUGGGGAGGGUUCAGAUUAUCGGACGAUCGAUGAGUUCUCGACCGUCUUUAUGCCAUCACUUCCCGUUGUGACAUCCACGAUCGACAGCGACAGGAAGCGAAAGAAAAAGACUUCUCCUGCACGCUUUUCGCCGCGACUUGACGACUUCGAUGACAUGGAGAUGGCAGCUGAUCUUAGAUUGGAUACUUACUACCUUCCGCCGAUUGCGAGAACGCGACCCGAGCAGCUACCUUCCCCCUCCUCUUCCGGUGUGCUAAUUACUUAUGACGGUAAAAAACUCAAGGAUUCCAGCAGCCUGGCUAGAUCCAUUUCCAACAUCGAACAUCACGAUAGCAAGGACAGACUAACGUCGGAACUGCUCAGCAGAACGCCGCAGUUCGGUAAGUUUCAAGGCGAGCUUCCUCCGUUGAUUCCCGGUGAGAUGCGCACGAACUCGUAUGAAAGACAAUAUCAUUUGUCGAACAUCGAUCUAUCUCUUCGCUCCGAACUCUUGCCUAAGACGAGGUUGACACUAGUGGAGAGAUCGAAGAGAUCCUCAUCGGAGAAGCAUCGGACAAUGUCCAGCAUCAAUUUUCAACAAGAUAACUCGUAUAACAACAAUCAUGGUCACCGGGAACGCGAACAGAUCGAAGCAGUUAGCGGAGGAGGAAUGCGCGUUGGCAAUCUCGGAUCUAUCAUAUUGAUCACGAUCGUGGUGUAUUGCGUGAUCUGAAAUCAUCAGUGAUUUUUUCAUGUCCCUUGAUGAAGAUACAUUAAUAGUAUCCUCGCGAGAUCGAAAGAUCGUUGAUUGUCUGAAUGCCGUCUCUCGCUCUUGCGCGCGGAUAUAAGAUUCGCGUUAAAUAAUAGAUAGACGAUAUACUUCAAUUACGUUAACACUGGGAAAGGCAUUUACUAACCUAAUGAGAAAACCACGGUUUCUUUUCAAGUAGUACAAUCCGCCUGUCAAACUCUCGCUUCUGGUCUCGCUCUCUUGAUUGCGCAUUUUCUUUGCGUCAGCAAAGCCACUAGCUAUUGACAUGAACAACGUGAAUCGACGGCUUUUUCGAAGGCUUGCAGACAUUUUUACGACGCUUUUUGCUAUUAUAUUAUAUCUGGAAAGAAAGAAAUUGUUUUUUUCAUUUAAUCGAAACGUGUUUUAAUCGAAUUAAUUUUCCUAUAUUAAAAAACAAAAUUGUCAUGUCUGAAAAUAGACACAUAUGACAAUCCAAUCAAACUUCGAAAAUAUUAACUUAUCACUAACACUAGAGGCGUUGCAACAGAUAUUUGUUGAGUUUUGCUGGUAUCUGUAAAUAAGUUAAUAAAGAUAAUCUUGAUACACACAA